CAAUGGGGCUAUCCCGCGGUGGGACCUCCACCCGGGGCGAGCGAAGAGCCCCCGAGACGCGGAGGCGCCCCGCCGCCACUCGGCGGCGCUUGUCCGGAGGCCAGCUGCCGGCGCCCGAGGGCAGGGAAAGCCUUGCCUUCGAGAACCCCUACUUCCCAGCGACCCCUGACACCGAGGCCCCUCCACGCGCGGCCCCCCCGGGUUCGCCACUCUCCUGCCAAUCAGAUACGGAUUUCCUCCACUGCCAGCCGACCAAUCAUCGCGCGCGGGUGUCCUCUUCGGCCCUUCGGCCCUUCGGCCCUUCGGCUCUUCGGCUCUUCGGCCCUUCGGCCUUCGGCACAUGGACAUUCGCUGUUCCGCGGCGCGCUAAAGCUUGGUUCUCGUUGGUUUAGUUUCCUCUUUUUUUCAGGCACUUCCGGGUGCUGCGUCACUACGUAAACGCGCGAGUUCCGGAAGCUUGGAGAGCCCAGGUUCUGCUAGGAAAAGCCAAGCUUCCCAGAGAAUGUUUCAGGAACAGUUACUUGGAGCGGGGCGUUUCGCAGACUCCUAAGGAGGGCCAAAAAAAAAGAAUGGAAAGAAAAGAUAGGAAAAGAAAGGAAAGGAGAGAGGGAGGAGAGAGAGAGAAGAAAGAAGAAGAAGUUCCAAAGACCUUCAGAGAAGGCAUGGCUUCCAGAGAUGAGAAUAUGAAGCAGACAAGCAGAGUGCUAAGAAUAAGCCAGUUGGAUGCACUUGAACUAAACAAGGCCCUGGAGCAGCUCGUUUGGUCCCAGUUUACUCAGUGCUUUCAUGGAUUUAAGCCAGGGCUGUUAGCCCGCUUUGAACCAGAGGUGAAAGCAUUCUUGUGGCUUUUCUUGUGGAGAUUCACCAUCUACUCUAAAAAUGCCACCGUGGGACAGUCAGUUUUGAAUAUUCAGUACAACAACGAUUUUUCCCCAAACCUGAGAUACCAGCCACCGAGCAAAAAUCAAAAGCUCUGGUAUGCCGUCUGUACAAUCGGUGGGAAGUGGUUAGAAGAACGAUGCUACGAUUUGUUUCGAAACCGUCACAUAGCAUCCUUCAGGAAAGCCAAGCAGUGCGUGAAUCUCGUGGUUGGACUUUUGAAGCUGGGCAGGUUGAUUAAUUUCUUGAUUUUCCUUCAAAGGGGCAAGUUCGCAACUUUGACCGAGCGUCUGCUGGGCAUCCGUUCUGUAUUUUGCAGGCCCCAAAAUGUCCGAGAAGUAGGCUUUGAGUAUAUGAAUAGAGAACUCCUCUGGCACGGCUUUGCCGAGUUUCUGAUUUUCCUCUUACCACUUGUCAAUAUCCAGAAGUUGAAAGGCAAGCUCUCUUCGUGGUGUAUCCCUCUGACCGGAGCUCCAAGCAGUGACAGCACGCUGGCCACCAGCGGCAGACAGUGUUCUCUGUGUGGGGAGUGGCCCACCAUGCCUCACACCAUAGGCUGCGAGCAUGUUUUCUGUUACUACUGUGUGAAGAGUAGCUUCUUAUUUGAUGUGUCCUUUGCUUGUCCUAAGUGCGGCACAGAGGUCCACAGCCUGCAACCACUGAAAUCAGGAAUCGAGAUGACAGAAGUGAAUGCCCUUUAGAAGCUAAAAUUGUUUCCUCUGAGGAGAACAGUAUUUUGUCUAAAUCCUUAGCAUGAGUCAUCCUAAGCAUUCUAUUUAGGUAUGUCUUAUGAGGACAUGUGCUUCUCAGCCGCUGCCCUCUGUUCCUUUCCAGGCACGACUAAAUUCUACUCACACUGGAAACCACAUGAUUCUAAAUAUAUGAUACAAAUGGUAAUGUAUUAUUAUUUUUUUAAUCAUUGCAUUUAAUUUUUAAUGUCAAGAAUAAUGGAUAGUUUUUAUCAAAUGACCACUAAGAAUGCUCCUUCAUUCUACUACUUCCUGGAAAUAGGUUAGACUCUAAAAAUAAAAGACUGUGGUGACUCUGA